AGCAAUGGCUGACUUCGAUACGAUUUACGAAGAGGAUGACGAAGAAGGUCCUCCGAGCGAUAGUCAGGAGUUAGUGGUACCCGAUCCGAUACUUGUAAGGGGAGCUGGGAAUGUGACGAUAUUUGGUCUCAGUAACAGAUUUGAUACAGAAUUCCCCAACAGUCUUUCAGCAAAGGUUGCACCAGAGGAGUACAAGGCUACAGUGAUACGAUUAAACAGUGUGCUGAAGAAGGCCUUGCCAGUCAAUGUCAAAUGGCUCUUCUGUGGCUGUAUAUGUUGCUGUUGCACCCUGGGAUGUUCCUUGUGGCCGGUCGUCUGUCUCAGUAAAAGGACAAGACAUGCAAUAGAGAAAGUUCUUGACUGGGAAAAUACACGUUUAUAUCACAAACUUGGGUUGCACUGGCGACUAAGUAAACAGCGUUGUGAUUCCAGCAGUAUGAUGGAAUACGUGUUGCUGAUUGACUUCCUACCAAAGAUCCCUAUAUUUCGACCAGACUAACAGCCAGUCAAUCCUCCCUGCCACAAAUCAUCAUGUAUAUUUGAUCAUCCUCAUCCUAGGCCAUGACAUCAUCCAAACAUCCCAUCUAGAUGUCACUUUUCGCGCCUUUUCUUUAGCUUACUGAUGAUUGAUGAAAUGCUUGUAGUGUGUGUUAUUUUUAACAAACUGUUGAUUAUGUAUCUGAUAUGUUAAAUCUUGGUCUGUAAGUAUGUAAAAAAAAACAAAUGUCAGGUUUUUAUGAUUUUAGAGAAGUUUGGAUGAGUUGAAUUCUCUGGACAUAAAAUCUUUGAUUAUAAAAUCAGUGCAAAAAUACUUACCUGGUAUAUACAAUUGUAUAGAGGGAUGGAGACAGAAUUUUUUUUAGCUUCAGGACCAUCACCCAAACAAAGCCUCCACUGUGUGAAUGUUCUUUGUUAAGAAACGUACUCCUCUUCCCAAUCAUCACACAAGAAAAUUUCAAAUCCCCACAUCAAUCACUAGAUACAACCUCUUUAAGAUGGAGAUGAUAAAAACAGAAGUUCUAUGUGAAUGUGUUUGUAAAUGUUGAUUUGAAUUUCAAUAUGUGUUUUUACAUAAAGUUUUAAGUUAAUAUUUUAAUUGUUGGUAAUUAUUGUCAACAUAGUUGCUGGUCAACAGUCAUACAUGUAUAUUAAACAGUAUCAGUUUUUGUGUGUGGAAUAUUUCAUGAAAACAUUUGAAACGUUCAUUAAUUUAUCUCACAUUUGUUUUAAUGAAAUGAUGUUGGUCUGUUUUUCUUUUGUUUGCUAGCCUCACUACACAUAAAUACUCUAGACUAGUAACAUGUUUUAUACAACUUAAAUAUCUACUGUUUUGUCUUGGUGGGCAUCACAUGGUAUGUAGUUGAUCGAGAGCAUGAAUUUUAAAAUGACUGUGCUUGGCAUUCUGUAAUGUUGAGGAUUGAGCUCUAUGCUCUGCCAUGUUGAGGACUGAAAACUAGACUCUGUUAUGUUGAGGAUUGAAUGCUAGGCUCUGCUUUGUUGAGGACAGAACAUUAGGCUCUGCUAUGUUGAGGAUUGAAUGCUAGGCUCUGCUAUGUUGAGGAUUGAACGCUAGACUGUGCUAAGUUUAGGAUUGAACGCUAGGCUCUGCUAUGUUGAGGAUUGAACGCUAGACUCUGCUAUGUUGAGGACUGAACACUACACUCUGCUAUGUUGAGGACAGAACAUUAGGCUCUGCUAUGUUGAGGAUUGAAUGCUAGGCUCUGCUAUGUUGAGGAUUGAACGCUAGACUCUGCUAUGUUUAGGAUUGAACGCUAGGCUCUGCUAUGUUGAGGAUUGAACGCUAGACUCUGCUAUGUUGAGGACUGAACGCUAGGCUCUGCUAUGUUGAGGACUGAACACUAGGCUCUGCUAUGUUGAGGAUUGAACGCUAGACUGUGCUAUGUUGAGGACUGGAUUCUAGACUGCAAUGUUGAUCGCGGACUGAAAGCUAGACUCUGCAAUGUUGAUCGCGGACUGAAAGCUAGACUCUGCAAUGUUGAUCGCGGACUGAAAGCUAGGCUCUGCAAUGCUGAGGACUGCAUACUAUUGUAGAGCCAAACCUCAUUAUUCCAAAUUCUGAUAACUCGAAGACCGUGCUUAACUCAGAGCAAACAUGCAGUUCUGACUUUAAAGUUUCUAUGUAAAAUAUACUGUUUUACGCAUUUUAAUUCCUAUUGACUUUGAGGGAGUUUUGACUGUAUGUCCGUUGAAUGCUAUACCUACUUGAAAAUUUAUGUCAAUGUAAUCUCUGAUAAUAUGCAGAAUGGAAAGCUCACUGAUGGCUUGUUAUCUAAAGAAUUAGGAGCAUCAGCUUGAUAAUACAGCAAAACAGGAAUAGAAUUCUAAUAUACCUUGAUUAGCUUUGUUUUCACUGUAAACAUGUACACCACCACCUUAUAAUCUGCACUCCCUUAAAACUGUGUAUAUGAUUCCACCACUGUGGUACUUCACAAAAUAACAUAAUUUCUCUGAAAAUCAGAAUGUAAAUAUUGCUAUAUUUUAUGUUAAGAAGUUGACAAUUUAAACCUGAAACGAUACCUCUAUAGACGUGACAUUGAAUUGUUCAAACAAAUUAUAAUGAAGAUUUCAUGAUAUUAAAUGACAAAUUUCAGGAUGUAAAAGUUUCAGAGGUCAACAACAAGUUAUGAUGUGAUGUAUUUAUAGAAAUUUUACAUUUGACUUUUUCCAAGGUUUUAUGGCUAUCAGGGAUAUUUGCGUCAGGUUUGUGAAGUAAGUUGCUAAUCCAUGUAAUUAGCAACAAAGUGUAUUAUAUAGUAAAUAUUGGAAUGUGUAAAUAAUAAUUGAGUGUGAAAAUGUUUUAGAUGCUUAACUUAGAACCAAUAUACAAUGUAUAUAUAUGUUAUAGAUCAUAACCAACACUUCAGACUCUAGAAUACCUCCUAGUCUGUCAGCAUUGAUAACAAAACUCUGUUUGGUUCAUAUAACGUGAUUUAUGGAAGGGAUAUGACACACAUAAAAAGUUCUUUUGAGUCACUAAACAUCCAUUGACCAAUCCAAUGGUCAUGUACGAUAAAACUAGGGCUACAAUAAACAUUGUCUGAUGGUAGCCAAUGAUACUUUAGAAUGCAGUAUACCUUAUCUAUUCUGGGUAAGCAUAAACUGUAUACAUUGUUCUUUAUUUUCAUUAAUCAGCUAAAUGUCCUUACAUUAUGAAUGAUUAGAAUUUGGUUUUACAUUUCUGAGAUAAUUCCUCUGUAUUAAAUGUUAAUACAAACUUACCUGUGGUCAAGGAAUUGACUGAUCAUAAUACAGACAUACCUGUGGUCAACGUAUUGACUGAUCAUAAUACAGACUUACCUGUGGUCAAGGUAUUGACUGAUCAUGAUACAGACUUACCUGUGGUCAAGGUAUUGACUGAUCAUAAUACAGACUUACCUGUGGUCAAGGUAUUGACUGAUCAUAAUACAGACUUACCUGUGGUCAAGGUAUUGACUGAUCAUAAUACAGACUUAUCUGUGGUCAAGGUAUUGACUGAUCAUCAGUACAGUAGCUGCCAGUCUGUCAUGAACAUACAUAUAAAGCCUGUAAUGUCAUGAUAUUGUGACAGCAGCCUUCACUGAUAGGCUAUCAAAUUUCUUCAAGUUAAUGACCUUGACCGAAUUUAAGAUCUAACUGUUUAAUUCUUAAGAUAGUAAUAACAUUGGGUCAGUAACAUUCUGGGAUUCAGAUUUGUAAAAUAAUUUACCUCAUAAUGUAUAUCAUUAUGGUUGCUAAGUUUUAUUUUUGUUUGUUUUUGUUAAGAAAAACAAAUAAUCAAUUACAAUUACAUUACUGUGUAUAAAAAAGGAGUCAUGUUCAUUGUGUUUGAAUCUUUAAAGAUCAAACAGAUCAUUAUCAAUGCUAUUGUAUGCUGUCUCAGGUUAAUGGAAGUUAAUUAAGAAAUAGCUUAUGUGUUUUUGCAUUUCUUGAAAUUGAAUUUGUAUUUGCAUUGUGUUUUGUAUGUGUGUAUGAAAUGUUUUACAGAGGUGAUAAACCUUCUUAAUGAUCAUAAGUCAUUAAACUGCUGUGUUAUAUAUGUUUAACAGGGACCCAAGAUAAAUGGUGACCAUUGUUGUUUUAGAUAUCUAUCAGAAAUGUAAAAAGUAUAUUGUUCACAAAUGACUCAUUGUAAUUUGUAAAAGAUGUGUAUCUUACUACAAUUAUUUAUCCUUCAAUAUGCCCCCCUCCCUGUGUAGUAAGGGCUUAUUGUGAAACGACUUAAGCUUUCUGUUUUAAAAAUGAAGAUUCUAAUGAAAAUUAAGUAGUGGGCUUAUUUGUGGGCAAGGGCUGAUUUGUGGAUAAAUACGACAACUCCCUAAACUGAAACUGGUUCUACAAUGUCCAACUUGCUUGGCUUUACACCAAAUGGAACCCUAGUAUUAAACCUUAUGACAAAUGAGUUUUCACAUUCAAACAUUCAGGUUAAGAGAAUGAGUAAAUUUGGUGUCGUCUCAUCUUGGUCAAUUUCCCCGGUGUUGUAUAAGUAUUCCCAGCAAUGUAUUCCGGUAAAACUUGUAGUGAAAGCUUAAAUCAUAUCAGUUUCUUUUAUUAUUUGUAGAGAUUCUGACGUUGUGAAAGAAUCACUUGCUGAAAAUAAGAUUUUCAAAGUUGAAAUAGUCAUUCCCAAACAUGGAUGGAGCUUGAAUUGCACAGAAAGCUAGAAAAUUAUGUGUAAGGUCUUGUUGUCUGCUCUCUGUAGCCUUCAUCAUACAAAUAAAGCGACUAUUUUAUGAAGGCAACAAGUCUAGUCAUCAAAAGACAGUGUACACAUUUCUUACUGGUUGUGCUAUGUACAGUAUUGUGUAAAACUCUGAUCAUAUAUACUUGCCAGUAUGAAGAAAAUGUUUCAUAAACGCCAUAUAAACACUCUGCCCAGAGAAGUUUGCUGCCCCUGUCUACUCUAGUCAUGGUAAAUAAAUGUCAGAUAAAGGAGCUAUUCCAGACAAUGUGAUAGAUGUAGGUCUUUUACAAAGAGAUUUAGAGAACAAGAAAGGGACCAGUAUAUAUAACAGUUCCUGUCAAUUAGCUGGAGAUAAAUGUACUUGUUUACUUACUGUUAGAACAAUGAAUUUCAUAUGUGAUUGUGCAACUGUGAAUAUAAAUUUAACAAGUUCAAUUUUGUAAAAGUACUGAUAUUUCAGAAUGUUUUAAACCAAAAACGAAUUUAAGCUGAAAUUGGGAUGGUUAUUGAUAACAUUUUUUGUAACUGAAAAUUGAGAUUUGGAGAUGUGUUCUGGUCCAGUUCAAAUUUCUUUUUCUCUGUAAUGUCUCUGUUAUAAACCAGAGUAUUAGGUAGUGAAAUGUUUGUGCCAUGUAUAUAUUCCAACAGUAACAACAUACACAUUGUGCUAUAUAUUAUGUUAAUGAUAUGUGUGUUAUAGUAUAGAUUGCAUGCUGACUGUAUGAUUGUAACUAUCAAUGCAAAAUAAAUGACAGGUUUGAUCUGGAUGCAAUGUCAAGAUUCCCUUUCAAACAUCGCUUAAAAGGGAUAAAGAAUAACCAUGUUGAAAAUUAUUAUAGGAAUGAAAUUGUCAUUCUAAACUUACAGUCGUAAGAAAUUCCUUUUGAUGACUAGAUAUGGCCUAUGCAUUGCAUUUUAGUUAAUAAUUUGUCAAGAUUUUAAGCAGUAUUGCAUUUUGAUUGGCCAAUGUAUAUUUUGCUUAGUUAAGAUUGGCAAAUGAAUAUUGCUUGUUUAUUUGUUGUUGAAAUAUCACACUACAUUGUUGAACUUCUCUCAUGGAUCUAUGUUGUAAGUGAAAAAGGUUUAAGUAUUGGAUAUAACUUGCCUUCACACUGUAAUUGAAUUUGUAAGAGUGAGUGCUGUUGUACAGGGAUCGAUACAACAAUAGCAUUGAGUUUUAGUUGUCACUGGUUCUUAUGAGUUCUUAAUGUGAAUUUGAUAAUUUAUUUCUUGUGUAAGCAAAAGAAGAUACUAAUAAACUUUAUCUUUCCAAUAGUUCAAAGUUACAAGGUUGAUGCAUUAUAUUGUACCUGCCUGACAUGAAUUUUAAAUAUGUUACUCAUAGGAAUACACAGAUUGUAUAACUGUUUGUGGAAAAAAAAAUGUCUCAGUUUUAGAAUUAUUUUAAUUGUAUACUCAUGAAUACAACAUGGUUUCAUACACAAAGAUUCAGAAAGACCUACUAUGAAUAUGAUUACUUCUACACAGUUUCGACAGUUUAUCUAGCAGUUCUGCUUUCAUUUUGUAAAAUUUGAAAUAAUUAUGGGUAUUGGUUUUAAUAUUUGUUGGAUAGGCGACACAUGAUGUGUAGGAAGAAAUGGGAGAUCUAGUACUUUGUAUGCUGUGUGAGUAGAAAUAGGAGAUAUCCUGAAUGUUGUGUGGGAAGAGACAAAAGAUAAGUCUGUUUGGUGUGUUUUUAGAAAUGGGAGAUAAUCCUGUAUUUAGUGUGGGUGGAGACAAUAGAUAAAUGUGUUUGUUGUGUGGGUAGAAAUGGGAAAUAAACUGUUUGUUGUGUUUUUAGAAAUGAGAGAUAGUUGUUGUGUGGGUAGAAAAGGGAGAUAAUCAUGUAUGUUAUGUGGGUAGAAGUGGGAUAUAACCUACUCCAACAAUGUUGGAGGUUUUACACGGCGAGAUGCUUUUGACAGGCGCCGUGUAAUCCAGUCGGCAAAAUCAUAUCCAAUAGAAAAAGAGCCGACCAGCUGCCUCUUAUGUUAUAGGAGUAGGAUAUAACCAUGUAUGAUGUGUUGGUAGAAAAAUGAGAUAACUAUGGUUGUUGUGUGGGUAUAAAUGGAAGAUAACAUUGUAUGUUGUAAGGGUAGAAAAGGGAGAUAAUUAUGUAUGUUGUAAGGGUAGAAAAAGGAGAUAAUCAUGUAUGAUGUGUAGGUAGAAAUGGGAGAUAACAUCGUAUGUUGUAAGGGUAGAAAAUGGAGAUAACCAUGUAUGUUGUGUAGGUAGAAAAGGGAGAUAAUCAUGUAUGAUGUGUAGGUAGAAAAAGGAGAUAAACAUGUAUGAUGUGAAGGUAGAAAAGGGAGAUAACCAUGUAUGAUGUGUAGGUAGAAAAGGGAGAUAACCAAGUUUUUGGGGUAGAAAUGGGAGAUAACCAUGUAUGAUAACAAAGUUUUGGGGUAGAAAUGGGAGAUAACCCUGUAUGAUGUGUAGGUAGAAAUGGGAGAAAACCCUGUAUGUUGUGAGGCUAGAAAUGGGAGAUAUCAAUGUUUGAUGUGUGAGUAGGAAUGGGAGAAAACAACCAUGUAUGUUGUAUGGGUAGAAAUGGGAGAUAUAUCUGUGCUGUGAGCGUAUGUUGUGUUGGUAAACAUGUUAGAUAACCUUACAAGUUCUGUGGAUAUAGAGCGGAGAUAUCCCUGUUUGUUGUGGGUAGAGAGGGAAUAACCCUAUGAUCUGUGUUAUAAGUGAGAGGAGAUAACUCUGAUUGAUACAUUGUAUGAGAAGGUAGAAAACCCAGUAUGGUGUGCAGGGUAAGAGACGUGAUAUAAUCUACUAUGGCGUGUGGAUAAAGAAUGGCGAUAAACAUGUAUAUUAUUUGCGUGGAUAAAGAAGCCAGAGGUAACUUUUUUGUAUAGAGACUGGCUAUGUUAAUUAGUAGGUUGGAAGACAGGGAAUACUAUUGUGUGCCUAGGUAGUAAUGAGAAAAAGUUGUGUUAGUUUACACAUUCCAAUGCAAGAUAUACAUUUUCAUGUUAUAAUUCAACAAAAUAUUGAAUGUUAGAUUGCAUGUGUUUGUCAUAUAAAGUAUUAUGUAAUAUAAGAGAAUUGUCUUUUUUUUCAAUAUAAGAAAUUGCUGAUCGUAUUUUUUUUUUGAAUAAAAUGUGAAACAAUCGCAAA